AGGUAGAAUCUCACGGAAUUACGCCCUUAUUUGAUUUCAUGGAGGUCUCUGAAAGUUCGCAGUAUCCCAAGCUCACAGUGAAGCCCACCGAAGUCUCACUGAAUCUUCACGAGCUAUCAUCUCUUUCAGCGGAGCCUCCUCUCCCACCCACAGUUCGUUAUUACUACAGCAACGUGGUAGCCAAGAAUGUCAGCUACAUCUAUCGAGUCGUGGAGGAAGGUAACAAGCUUGUCUGCUACCCCGAGGCUAGAGGGUGGCCACGGAUUACGUUCGCCAGUGCUGAGGAGCUAGACAAGAAUUUCAACCUUUUGGUGGACCAACACAUUGUGAGUGAGGAGACUCACCUGCGAGGUCAGCCAGGGCAGGUGCGGUUCCCGAACUUGGAGGAGUUGCGGCUGAAUUGGCAAGUGGGAUCCAAUGUGCAGUUUCGUCAUUGCGAUGUGAGGACUGCGGGAAAAGUGGUCGGGAGAUUCGUCUGGAGGACACCCUGCCAGAAGAGGAAUCUGCGCUUCGUGCUCCUGCUCCAAAUGCUAACAAACGAACUCAUUUUGAGCAGUCAGGUGACGGAAUUGGAAGAAUCGGAUCAAUCGGUGAACAAGGAGGAGGUGUACAUCCAUGGCAUUAGCCUAAUCAGCGUGGUUGCAACCCUGAUCGCGAACGUGGCCUACCUGGCGAGCCUAAGCCCUAUCCGCGGCAUCGACGAGAGCAGGCAAGGCAUCGCCGUAGCGUCAUAUAUUUCACUCCCCAAAGUUUUCCUCUUCUUCAACGCCUUCGCCUUCUACGCCUCCGUUUUGGCGGUGGUUCUCAUGACGGCGUUCAUCCCCGUAUAUGGCACGGCAGGCGAAUGGGGCGCCAUCUUCCUCUCGGGAUCCGUCCCUGUGGUGUUGAGCUUGGUGGCGUUCUACGUCGCUUACAUCGUGAGUGCAUGGGCGGUUCUGGACUCGUGGAGGACCUCACUUGGAAUCACGGUGGUGGGGAUCUUGAUGGUGGUGUAUGUGCGCUUCUGGGCGAUCGAGCUCAUGCACGGGAACGUGGAUAGGAAUCUGGAGAUCGCGGCGAGAUCCAACCCCUGGGACUGGUAUUACAGCCGCCUAAGAUCAGGUAGUGAGAUAAUCCAAGAGGCCCCCGUUCAGCAAUCGUUGUCGGCGUCGAAGCGGUUCUCGAAAGCAUUGUCCCGUGUGCCCACUAAGAUCCGGGAAUUUUUGCUGAGUCCCACCAUCUGGCAAUUGUCGGUGCUGGGCACGGUCCCGGAGAGCCAGAAGUCGCGCAAGAAAAGAAAAUUUCUGUUUGAGCAUCUGGAGAAGUCGCACUGAGAUGGAUGGAUAUGAGCUUGGACCAUCAUUCAUUCAUAUGCUUCGCAGGCAUGGUUUAAGUUCACGCUGAAAGUCACCACCGUCGUACCUAAUUUCCCCGACGUGACUAACAAGAUGUGUUAUUGAAACUAUUUGAGGAGCAUUGAAUUUACAAUCUUUCGCAAUAGGGUUUACAAUCUUUUACAAUCUUUGUCACUGAUAACCCUUUUCCAAGUUGCACUGGGUACAAACUCCACGCAAUGGAGACAAGUAUCGGUCAGUGGUUAUGCACCUGUGUUGAAUAGAGAUUGGUGGUUGCACUUC